UUGGCGCUUCCGCGUCUGUUGUUUCUACGGAGAUGAGCGGUCCUGCGCUGGAUGAUGACGUAUGCGUGUGUUCCUGUGUGACGCGCUGUGACCCCGGCUUCCAGUGUGUAGUGGAAUUACGUGAUGAUUUCCUUCAUCUGGCACUACUUCUACAGCAACUACUUUCGGUUUUGGCUGAAAUGGGUUCUCAGACAAAUAAGUGGGAAAUGUGAGUUGCAGAGAAUUUGUGAUGGAACUAAGGAUGGAGCCAGCCGAACACACAGGAUAGAAUACUCAUUGGAACAUUCAAAAUUUAAGGUACUGCGACAUGCCAUAAAUAUUCCAGAGGAGCAGGUGGACCGGUAUGUAGCUGAUAUAGUAAAAGAAAAGAAGAUCAUUUUGGAAAAGGAUAAAAGAUUUGAGAUAAAUCUGAGGAUUUGUUUGUUACAGAUUUCUGGCUACAAGAAGCUCUAUUUAGAUGUGGAAAAUUUAAGAAAGCAGUCUUAUGACUCUGAUAAUAAUUAUCACGAACAGCAACUACUAGAGCUCUGGGACUUACUCAUGCCUCAUGAAAAGCUAAACAACAGAGUCACUAAACAGUGGGGAGACAUUGGCUUUCAAGGUGAUGAUCCAAAAACAGAUUUCCGUGGAAUGGGCAUGCUGGGAUUGGCAAAUUUACUGUAUUUCAGUAAACAUUACACAGAAGAAGCACGCCUCAUCUUGUCCCACUCCAACCAUCCAAGACUUGGAUAUUCCUAUGCUAUAGUUGGUAUCAAUCUGACAGAGAUGGCUUAUAGCUUACUAAAGAAUGGGGCCCUGAAGUCUCAUUUCUAUAACACUGUUCCUGAUUUUCCUCAGAUGAAGAGUUUCCAUCAGUUGUAUUGUUACCUGGUGUAUGAAUUUGACAAGUUUUGGUUUCAAGAAGAACCUGAGAGCAUUAUGCAGUUUAACCAAUACAGAGAGAAAUUCCAUGACCAAAUCAAGCACCUUCUUUCCAAUGAAAGGGUUGCUCUGACUCUUUAAUAUGACCAGCCUAUUUAAACUGACACAAUUCCUCUGGGGUUACCUAAACCUUAAUCAAAUCUUUUGAAAUCGUUUAUGUAAUAUCUAGUUAGAUGUUUCUUUAAAGACAAAAAACAAGCUAAUGGACAAUCAAUUUUUGUGUACCUUUGUAUAUGAGAAAACACUGUUCUUGGCAUUGCCUUGUUUGUCUGUUUAGCUUUAAGAAGUUAUUGUCAUUCUAUGUGCAACGACAUCCAGUUUAUUCCACAUUUCUUUAUAUAAUUUCAGUGUAUGCCUGAUUGGUUUCUUUCAUUCUAUUUAGUAGCUUUCAAUCUGAACCUGUAAAUGUAAGACAACCGUUAAAUAGAGCAGCUGAGCUGUUUUAUAGUAGAUUAGUACCAUAAAUGUAUCCUUUCUACUUCCAUUAGUGACAUUGUGGCUCUGAUAAAAAUAUAGUCCAUCCUGAAAAAAGCACUUGUAGUCAUAAUAAUUCCUUUUGCUUUUAGUAGCUUGUGUAGCUUUCCAUUUGGUUUUCACGCAAGAUCCAUUGCAGGCAAUGGAUUGAUUAAAAAAAUAGCAGAGUUAAUGGUACCAAAUUCUGUUAUAAAGGUACCGGAUAUAUUUCAAAUCUUUAAUUUCAUGUAUCUGAAUAUUAUUUAUAUGUAUAAAAUAUAUUAAUUGUUUGAUUUCAGGAGCUGUUAUGAGUAUUGUUUGUUUUAAUCACAUAAUGGGACAAUAGCAUCAAAAUAUUGUUGCAGAGUAUAGACAGAUUAAUAACCAUUGACUGCUGGAAAGAAAUAUUUGCAGUUUUGGUGAUCUUAAUUGUUGCUCAUAUUGCAGGGGGAAAAAACUGCUUUAUUAAGAUGUUUCAUUGUGUAACCUACAUCUAAUGGACCAUAAAUUAGUUUCCACAGCAACUGGCAAAUGAACGCAGCCUUAUAAGGUUUUCAUGUAAGUAGCAGACAGACUACACUUUCCUUUGCUAAUGUUUGGGCAUAAGGUCACUAGAGAGCAGCAGUACUCUGUAAGCUGAGCCUGCCAGUUUCUGCAUUGUGACUGUGUACCUAUUCAUAGCUAUACAGUUAUAACUGCUGUAAGCCUUUCUUUUCUUUUUCACUUUGCUCAUGUGUAUGUAGCUUGUGUUUUACUGCUAUUGUCCAAUAAGUGCUGAACUGCAUCUGGGGCUGUAAGGGGCCAUGACAUAUAAUGAUAAAUUCAUUUUAACAAAUAUUUUUUUGAUUUCGACAUAAAGUAAACACAUUUCUUGACCUGUUAUGGCUCUGCUCAAAACCACCUUCAGUCCAUUUCUCCUUUCCAUAGACAUUGGUACAAAGGAACUAAUCCGGUCCAUGCAUUUUUUUUCAAAUAUACCUUUGUACAUCUUUCUGCAGGAUAUGGAACGUUUUUUAGAAAGCUUGCGUUACUGUUAUUCUUUGUUGUAUGUUUCUGAAAAUUGUUUUAUUUGGUUCAGUGGUUACAGCUCAACAUUUUGCAAUAUGUAUACCAUUACUUUAUAGAUGAUGUGUUGAAAACAGUUGGUCACUUAGCUUUACCUGUAAUUCACUGCAGCACUUGUGUCCAUAAUGCUUAAUAAAUAAAUCUGCCUCACAUACUGCACCUAA